CACCUCCUGCUUAUGUUCUCGCGUUAACUCGUUAUUCGACACUUUUGGCGUCUGUGUGUUUCAAAAGUGAGUCAACAUGCCAAUGCUCCUGGGUUAUUGGGAUAUUCGUGGGCUUGCUCAGCCUAUCCGCCUGCUGUUGGAGUACACUGGCUCUGACUAUGAGGAAAAGCGCUACUGCUGCGGUGAAGCACCUGACUAUGAUAAAAGCUGCUGGUUUGAUGAAAAACACAAGCUUGGGUUUAACUUUCCAAAUCUGCCCUACCUGGUUGAUGGAGACAGGAAGCUCGUGCAGAGCAGUGCUAUCAUUCGAUACAUUGCUCGUAAGCAUAAUCUCUGUGGGGAGAGUGAAGACGAGCACAUACGUGUGGACAUCGUAGAAAACCAGGCUAUGGACUUCAGAAAUGGCUUCGUCAUGAUGUGUUACACUGGCGCGAACCAGGAAGAGUACCUAAAGUCGUUGCCAGACAAACUGAAGGCUUUCUCUGACUUCUUGGGAGACCGUAGCUGGUUUGCUGGUAAGCUCACCUUUGUGGACUUCAUCAUGUAUGAGCUGUUGGAUCAACACAAGAUGCUUGAGCCAAAGUGUCUGGAUGACUACAAGAACCUCAGCGACUUUCUGGGGCGUUUUGAGGAUUUGGAGAAGAUAAAAGCCUACAUGAAGUCUGAGAAAUUUAUCAGGACUCCUGUCAACAACAGGAUGGCCAAAUGGGGGAACAAAUGAGACUGAGGUGCUGUUAUAACAUUUACACAAAAAUCACCUGACAGUCAGAUGUGGCCAGCAAAGGUGGUUUAUUCUGCUUGUUUUGAUACUGCUUUUGUGCCAAUAUUUUUGACAUACUUCUAUUGUCACAGCUUCUACUACAGUUUCAUUACGUUCCGAGUCCAACUUUCACACUCAGAACUUGUGAAAUAAAUCACGUUUCCAACAACA